AUGGCGAUGAAGAACUUGUACUGGUUGAAGGAAAUGUCGAACAACAAAGGAGAGGGAGAAGAGGAAUGGAGUGCUGAUCUGUCACAGCUGUUCAUAGGUUCGAAAUUCGCUUCUGGAAGGCACAGCAGGAUCUACAGAGGGAUAUACAAGCACAUCGAUGUUGCCAUCAAGCUUGUGAGCCAGCCUGAGGAGGAUGAGGAAUUGGCUGCUCAGCUUGAGAACCACUUCACUUCUGAGGUUGCGCUUCUCUUUCGCUUGCACCAUCCUAAUAUCAUUACUUUUGUAGGAGCUUGCAAGAAGCCCCCUGUAUUUUGCAUAAUCACAGAAUACUUAGCUGGUGGCUCAUUGAGAAGCUUCCUUCAAAGGCAAGGACCACAUUCACUCCCUCUAGAACUUGUUCUAAAGCUAGCCUUAGACAUUGCCAAGGGUAUGCAAUACCUUCACUCUCAGGGCAUACUCCACAGGGACCUCAAAUCAGAGAAUCUUCUCUUGGGUGAAGACAUGUGUGUCAAAGUAGCAGACUUUGGGAUCUCGUGCUUAGAAUCCCAGAUUGGUAGUGCUAAAGGGUUCACUGGAACUUACCGUUGGAUGGCGCCAGAAAUGAUCAAGGAGAAGCACCAUACCAAGAAAGUAGAUGUUUACAGUUUCGCCAUUGUUCUUUGGGAGCUUCUAACAGGACUAACACCCUUUGAGAAUAUGACACCAGAACAGGCAGCAUUUGCAGUGACUCACAAGAAUGCAAGGCCUCCAUUACCAUGUGAUUGUCCAUGGGCAUUUAGUAAUCUAAUAAACAAAUGCUGGUCAAGCAAUCCGAAAAAACGACCACACUUUGAUGAGAUAGUCACUAUUUUGGAGAGCUACAUAGAAUCACUGGAAAAAGAUCCUGAAUUUUUCACCAAUUACAAACCACGUCGUCCACGUAAUCUGGUUCUCAAAUGCUUACCAAAGUGUAACUGUCGCCAUGUAUCCUCUUCUUCCAAAUCUUAGGAUCCUUCUUUCCAAUAUUGCAUGUGUCACGUAAUCAAAUCUUCUUAUACACAAUCCCAAGAACCAAAACUGUUUCCAAUAAUUAAUGGAUGCAAUUAUUCUCUUCUCUUUCCGAUC